AUGACUAACGAAACAGAGCAGGAAACUCUCGACUUGAGGCUCGAAACGCAAGGCUCAGAAGACAUAUCGAACAAAACCGUCACGGAUCAGUUUUGUCCGACUCAAACCAGCUGUAUCAGUUUAGCAAUCAGCGAGCUCGGGAGCCCAUCGGAGAAUCUCAAAGACCCUCCUGACGAGAACCUUCGUGGUAGCUCCGGCGAUGGGAGCGAGGAGAGCAGGCCGGAUAGCCCGACAGAGGGCUUGCGAGGAAACGCGGAAGACGACGAGAGUCCGCAUCGCGAGUCUCGAAUUGAAGGUACAGAGAAGACGGACUCCUCAGUCCAGUCUCGCACCGCAGGUCGUGGAGAACUCGAGGACCGAGGGAGUGACAAGAGCGAUUCAUCGGACGAAUCCAGGAUGGAGUCUCCUGAGCCACCCAAUGAGAACUCCGAAUUGAAUGAAAUGGACACGACGUUCAUGGGAGGUGCAUCAGAGCUAGAUGCGCCGUCAGCCGUUUCGGGGGAUCCGCAGCUACCUGUCAAGACCAACGCACCUCCUCCGCCUACCAGUGAUGACGAAAGCGGUAUGUCGAGUCCCAAAUGCGGGUCGGAUAACGAGGCGGACUCAGAUCAAGAAGAGAAUGAAGAACUCCGAGAGGCUCGGAUGGACGAGGAUGACGAGCCGAACUUCGAUAGAGGACCCGAAAUAACGCUACCGUACAAACAGCCCGAGCAGCUCUCGUUGCGGGAGUUCCUCGCGAGACGUCGUAGCAAGAAAAGCAGCGCGAGUCAAAUCGCGGAAGAGCAAGGCCCAUCCACGGAGCCCGCUGUCAAACCAGAAAGCGUUGAAGCGACACCCGAGGAAGAGGAACGACAGAAACGCAAGAGCAAACUCCGUGAAGAGAUCUUGAAAGCGGCAGCCAAAGUCACUCCUCAGCUUAGCCGAUCGAGUUUCGUGGCACAGACUCCCGUAGACCAGUUGAUCUUGAAAGCUGUCUCGAUGCAGAAUGCCAACGCGACGAGUCCCGAUGCACCGAAGAAACCGAACAACUCCGUGCCGGGAGCUCAGUUGAAGGAGUUGAAGGCAUCCCUCAAGGAGAAGAUCGAUGAGCAGCGGAAGCGAUCCCGACAAGAGAGAACCAAGAGGAUUCUGAAGCAAAAUUUCGGGGAAGACGCCGGAGAAGAAGAGGAAGAAGAAGAUUACGAGACGGAGGACGAUGAAUUCGAUGAUGAAGAGGCCUUGCUUGCCAGAGCAGCCGAGGAGAGCGAAGCCGAAGACGGAGACGGUCGUGAGAGCGCCGAUGUCGAGGAGCUCGCGGACGACGAAGCCGACGAGCCGGAGGAGGAAGGGGAGCCCGAGGACAUUGGUGAAGACUCCGACAUAGAUGACAUGACCGAGAGAAGAAAGUCCCAGAAGAAGAAGAAGAAUUUGAUUCAGGACAGCGAUGAUGAGGCAGAGAAUCCUGACCGGGAUAGCGACGAGGACGGAGACGCAAGCGACGGGGACGAUAAUGAUCUCGAUCUCAAAAUCCAGGAUGACGGGGAAGAAGAUGAUGCGUCUUUCAUGCAUCUGUCCCAGACGCAAGUUCCUCUGCAGAAGAAAAAACCCAAAAGUUUACAUCUCGAUUUGGAUAUGAACAACGACAACUCAAAGGAUGUCGAUGACGAUCUUCUCGCACUGUGCUCCGGGAAAUUCGCCACCCAGAGCUCCACGGCCAAAAGUUCGCGACCCGAGGCCGUCGAUGAUGUCGACGAAGAAGCUGAGGAAGAAGAAAAUGACGAGGAGGCCAAUGCCGAAGAUCCGGAAGAUAGCGAUGACGAUGAUGAUCUCGAAGGGGAAGCCGACCUUGACCCUGAUCGGAGACGGAAAAAAGAAGAGGACUUCUUCGAGGGUGAGGCUGAACUAUCAGGAUCCGAUGUGGGCUCCGACGGGGAGGACGAAAACGACGGCAUGACCGAAGCCGAGAAGAAGAAGUUCCUCAAAUCGCUGAUAUCCGAAAACCCGGGAAUCUCCGAGGAAGAACUCCAGGAACAGGUGACGCGGCUCCAUUUCAAACAGUUGCUCGAUGACGAUCGUAAAGAUAUACGUUUGAUGAAAGAGCUCCUCCUCGCCGAUGGAGAUCUGCAUAGCGACGGGCCCGGUAGAGAACGUAGCUUCAAAUGGACGAAUCUCAGCAACGAUUUCGUGGGGGGCAACGACCGCGGAUCCGAUGACAGCGAUCACGAGGAGGAGACCGAGGAGGAAGCCAAGUGGAAAGCUCGUCGACUCGAAAGAGAAAAACAGCGGAAAGAUGAAGAGGCGACCUCAGCUUUCGGCUCAGCGAAGAGCGCCACAUCCGAAUCCUCGAGAGCGCAUUAUGAGAUGGAUUCGGAAUGCGAGGUCUCGAUUCCGAACGUCUUGAAAGAAGCAAACAAAGCCUUGAAAAUCGUCGUGCCCGAGAGAAAUGUCGACGGGAACCCGAAGAAGGUCGUAGGCGGUGGCUUCCUCAACAUGAACAAUGCCGUGCUGCAGAAAAUCGCCGAAAAAGUCAAAAGCAAUGCAAAGGAGAAAGAAGGUUCACAGACAACGAAGAAUUUUGUGUUUCGUUCUGUGGAUAAACCCGAGGCUAGCACAAAGGCGGCCAAACGGUCUAGCACAGACGCUAUUCAACCAUCGUCGAAACGGACGAAAAUGGAGAACUUGUCACCGCUACCGAGCACAUCGAAAACGCGCAGCAUCUUCAGCAAGUUCUAA